CGCAGGCAGAGAGAGAGAGAGGAGCCCAAGAAGAAAGCCCCGUCGCCCGAGGAGGAGGGAGAAGAAGGGGCUCGGAGAGAGAGAGAGAGAGAGAGGCCUGGGAGGCCCAGGGAGGGGGCCUCUGGGGCGGCUUUGGCGGAGGGUUGAGAAGGAGAAGAAGGAGAGCCCCGCUCCUUCCUUCCUUCCUUCCUCCUUGCCUCCCUCCCUCCCUCCUUUCCUCCCUCCUUCCUUCCUUCCUUCCUUCUCCUUUUCCUUCUUCCUUCCCUCCCUCCUUCCCCAGCACCACGGCCGCUCUCGGCGAGGAAACUCUGGCCUCCGCUUCCUCCUCCUCCUCCGACUCGGACACCGGCGGCGGAGCCUCCCCGCCUCCGCGGAAGAAAGCCCGGGCGGCGGCGGCGGAGGGAGCAGGAGAGCCCGGGGCUUCGUCGGGAAGAGCAGGCCGCACCUCCUCCUCCUCCUCCUCCUCUUCUUCUUCCUCCUCCUCCUCCUCGCCGUCCUUCUCCGCCAACAUCAGAGCCAGCACUAGCACCAGCACCGCCAUGCAGGCCAAUGGGGCAGGAGCGGGGCAACAACAACAACCACAACAGCAGCAGCAACAACAGCAACAGCCGCCAUCUCCUCCUCCUCCUCCGCCGCCGCCUCCAGACCAAGGAUGUCUCCUGGCCCAAAAUGGAGAGGCCUCCUCGGCUGCCGGAGCGGAGCAGCAGCCCCUGUCCCACGCCAACGGGCUCCUCCUGCCCUCCUCGGCCGCCGGCAAUGGCAGCAGCAGCGGCGGCGGCGGAGGCAGCGGGGUGGUCGUGGUCGGAGGGGGCCCCGGCGUCAACAACGGGGUCUCGGGCUCCUCCGAGAUGAUGGGCUCCGGAGGCAGCGCCCUCAAGAAGAAGAAGCGCCUCUCGCAGGCCGACGAGGACGUCAUCCGGCUCAUCGGGCAGCACCUCCACGGACUGGGCCUCAACCAGACUGUUGAUCUUCUCAUGCAAGAGUCAGGAUGUCGUUUAGAACAUCCUUCUGCUACCAAGUUCCGCAAUCAUGUCAUGGAAGGAGAAUGGGAUAAGGCUGAGAACGACCUGAAUGAACUUAAGCCUUUAGUACACUCUCCUCAUGCAAUUGUGAGGAUGAAGUUUUUGCUGCUGCAGCAAAAGUAUCUGGAAUAUCUGGAGGAUGGUAAGGUUCUAGAGGCACUUCAAGUUCUACGUUGUGAAUUGACACCACUGAAAUACAACACAGAGCGCAUCCAUAUCCUCAGUGGAUAUCUGAUGUGUAGUCAUGCAGAAGACCUGCGUGCAAAAGCAGAAUGGGAAGGGAAAGGAACAACUUCCAGAUCUAAACUUUUGGACAAGCUCCAAACUUACCUACCACCAUCAGUGAUGCUCCCUCCAAGGCGUCUCCAGAAUCUACUGCGUCAGGCUGUAGAGCUACAACGGGACCGGUGCCUCUAUCACAAUACCAAACUAGAUAAUAAUCUAGAUUCUGUGUCGCUUCUCAUAGACCAUGUUUGCAGUAGGAAACAGUUCCCAUGUUACACACAGCAGAUACUUACAGAGCACUGUAAUGAAGUGUGGUUCUGUAAAUUUUCCAAUGAUGGCACUAAACUAGCAACGGGUUCCAAGGAUACAACUGUUAUUAUAUGGCAGGUUGAUCCAGAUACACACCAGCUAAAAUUGCUGAAGACACUGGAAGGCCAUGCAUAUGGUGUUUCUUACAUUGCUUGGAGUCCAGAUGACAGCUACCUUGUUGCCUGUGGCCCAGAUGACUGCUCUGAGCUUUGGCUCUGGAAUGUACAAACGGGGGAACUGAGAACAAAGAUGAGUCAGUCUCAUGAAGACAGCUUAACAAGUGUGGCCUGGAAUCCAGAUGGAAAACGUUUUGUAACAGGAGGACAGCGUGGACAGUUCUACCAGUGUGAUUUAGAUGGUAAUCUCCUCGAUUCCUGGGAAGGAGUGAGAGUCCAAUGCCUGUGGUGCUUGAGUGACGGGAAGACUGUUUUGGCAUCAGACACACACCAGCGAAUUCGAGGCUAUAACUUUGAAGACCUUACUGACAGGAACAUAGUACAAGAAGAUCAUCCAAUUAUGUCUUUUACGAUUUCAAAAAAUGGCCGGUUAGCUUUGUUAAAUGUAGCAACUCAGGGAGUUCAUUUAUGGGAUUUGCAAGACAGAGUUUUAGUGAGAAAGUACCAAGGUGUUACACAAGGUUUUUACACGAUUCACUCAUGUUUUGGAGGACAUAAUGAAGACUUCAUCGCUAGUGGCAGUGAAGAUCAUAAAGUAUAUAUUUGGCACAAACGUAGUGAGCUGCCAAUUGCGGAGCUGACGGGGCACACACGUACAGUCAACUGUGUGAGCUGGAACCCGCAAGUUCCAUCCAUGAUGGCCAGCGCCUCUGAUGAUGGCACUGUUAGAAUAUGGGGACCAGCACCUUUUGUAGACAACCAGGAUAUUGAAGAAGAAUGCAGUAGCAUGGAUAGUUGAUGGUGAAUUUGGAGCAGACGACUUCUGUUUAACUUAAAUUUAGUCGUAUUUUAAAUGGCUUGGGAUUUGGUGCAAACAAACAUGAUCGAUAGCUGGACAGACAUGCUCGUCAUGAAAAAAAAGAACCAUUUCUGAAGCCCAACUGGGGCCAAACAUUUUACCACCUUGCUUCAUAGUAAACAGUUGAGAUGAAGCACAUCGUUAGAACGUUGUUGGACACCAUGUUGAAGUAACCCCCCCAUCGGUUGUGAAGAACUGUGCUACAUUCAGGCUAACCAUUGAACUCCGUAUAUACAUUUUUCCCUUCUGCCAUUUUGUCAGGCAGACUACUGUUCUUGUUGCUCUUCUGUGUAAUGAAGUUUAAAUGCUUGUUUGGAAAACCUUUUAUUUAACAGUUUAGAAGGCUUGAUAGAAAGAGUGCUUAGUCUGAAGAGUACAUGUUGGAUAGGAAAGUAUUUCCUUCUCUUGUUUCUCUGAGUCUCUCCGCCUUAUUUAGCUUGAGAUCUUUGCAGCUUGGUUCAUGGAUUCUAGCCUUGCUCGUUGCGCAGUAUAUCUAAACCCAGAUGUUAAACCAGUGAAUGACAUGAAAAGCACUCUCAGUAUCACACUUGACAAAAGGUUUUGUACUUUUCACAUAGCUUGUUACCCUAUAAAAAGGUUAACAGCACAAUUUUUUAAAAAAUAAAUUAUUUAUAGCAUUCAAAUAACUUCAUUUGUAUACGUUUGGAAUUUAAACCAGCUUAAAAAUGUCAUCUACAAGUUAAUGCAGUAUAACUGGUGCUCCUCUGGAGUGUUGUGUAAGACCAUUUGGCCGACAGAAGUUUUACACAGACUAUAUAAAGUAUUAUUUUAAAAAAGAAACUUGGUUUAUCAACAAAAGAAUUUGAGAGCUUUCAAAAUUGCCAGCUAAACCACUUUAAUGUAAUUUCUGAAGUUAAUAAAUGAGAAUUCCAAAUUGGCCAUAUCUUGUGCAAUGAUUCUUAUUUGAAAUGUAAGAUCUAAAAUAAAGUUAGUAUUUGUAUUAUCUUCAAAAAUUACCAUCUCUUGUGCAUUAAAGAUGUACACUGUACAAGCUUUCUAGUCCGCUCUUCUCCAGGAUCCUUCUCUGAGUUGGUGCUUUCAGUUGCCUGGCAUUAGGAAUAGUCCCUUAAUUUUCUGUCUGUAUAAGAGACAUAAUAGAACUCAGAGAAAAUGAACUUGGUAUUUGCCCUAACUGCUGAUUUCAGAAUUACUCCCUCUUGUUAAAGGGUGAAAAUGCAUGUAGGGUCAUCCUUAAAAAGAACAAUUCAGAUAAAUAGAACAAUAAUGUGAUGCCAGCUGAAAAAAGAACCAGUGAUGGAAAGAGAAUCUUGACUGUAAGAAAAGGAAGACCCAAGAAAGAACCAUUUUAAAAUGCAUGUUUUGUUUUUAAAUGUACAGAUUCUGUUAUGGAAUCAAAAGUUAGUCACUGCACCUGUGUAUACUCCUCUAACUUGCUACAAAUUUCCUUUCAAGCCUUUUGAUUUAAUGAGAUGCUCCUGAUUGAAUUUACUUAAAUGUCACCAAAGUAGAAAAAAAUGGUAUUCUUCCCACACCAAUUCAGUUUUCUCUUUGAACACAACCAGAACACUUGUUUCAUAAUCUAAAUAGCUAGAAAUGCAACAGAAUGCCUUCCUCCAAGAUCCUUUGAUGGCUUUUGGAGCAGCAAACAAAUUUCUAUCCAUAUUUUGGCUCUUAUAAAUUGUUCUCUUUCAGCUUAUUUUAUCAGUAACUUUACAUUUGUUAUAGUUGUCCAUUCAUGUGCAUUCUGUUCAUUUGAUGUCAAGCUCUUUUAUUUAAAGGCUUAUUAUAGUCUCCUUUUAAGUCUAUAUAACAUUUUAUUUUUGCAGAUACUCCCAUUCUAUCUUGAAAAAUUUUAUAGCUAUUGUUGACAUGGUGCUGCUAUUGCUUAUUAACUCAAAAACAUCUUAGGAGAUUGCAGUGGAUCAAGUGUGCCCCUGUUUAUUUUGAACAGCUGAUAGAAAUCAGAUCUGGUGCUUGUGUUGUAGUUAAGAUUUUCACCACAGAUCCUAAAUCAGUGAAUAAAUUUUGAGAUGUUUUCCUUUCCUUAAAAUACAUAACACUUGUGGAAAACUAGAGUACCAAAAUGGAGAUAUCACUUUCUCCAUUAUUCAGGCAUUCCUGGAUUAUUGCUGUUAUGUAAAUGUAUAUAUCUUUGUGUGAAACUGCAUGAAAAACAUGUUUUGAAACUGACACUUCUGAAUUCAGUGGCACAGUGUGGGCUGAACUGCGUGAGGUAGUUUAAUUCUUCUGCCUUGGUGCAGCAUUUUAUUGUAGAUUACAUUACACUGCACUAAAUAAAACUAAAUUAACAUUACUAUCAUUCCUUAUGGGUAGGCUAAAUAGGUGAGCAGCCUAAAUUUCUGUGAUAUCUGGAUUAAAAAACACCAUUACUGUAUUUCACAUAAGGCCCCAAAGGAGAGAAGGCAUGGAAUAGGUGUAUCUGCAAUAUUCAUUUUCAUACACUGAAAAUAAUCUCUACUAUUGGCUGUUAAUACUGGAGCAACUCUAAUUAUUGGCCAUAUCUUACCCUGAACAGAGGAGAUGACAUAUGGGAAAGGGAUAUAUGUUAGACUACAUUUUGCCUUAGGUUUCUGUACCAGGUCAGUUCCAAAAUAUGCACACCAGCUAAAAAUCACUACAAUAUUUCACCAUCGUGCUUCUGAGUUUAUCAGGUAAGUCAUUUUAAAAUAGGAGCACAAAAGGGGAAAUUGAAUUUAUUUUGUACGUAGCCCUGAAAAUAGCUUUAUAAAUAUGUGGCUUACUUCCCUCACUUUAAGUUUUGGUUCUGAAAUGAGGGGAGCAUAAUACAAAUUUUAAUAUGAAGUAACAGGUGGAAAACUAUUCAAAUUUUGCCAAUAAUCUCAUUCUGGCUUCCAAGCAGGUAUUGUUGAAUGUAAUUUAAUACUAGGAAUUUAGUGCCAUCUUAACUUUAAAAAAAAAUAUCUCCCACCUCAAAGGAAAAAAUGGCUUUAAGUUAAAACUAUUUUCUCAUACCAGUCUUAUGCUGGCAAUAGAUAAAUUGGGGGAUAUAGGGAUCUUGUUUUUUGUUUUAUUUUUUAAAGUUAUCAGCAAAAGAAUGUCUAGUCUGUAAUUUUGGGGUAGGAACAGAAGGGAAAAAGAAACAAUUUCCACUAAGACUUGGUGCCCUUAGUACCCCAAGCACACAAGUUGCCUCAAUUUGAUAAAUUUCAAAUAAACUGUUAAACUGGAGUAUCAAUCAUAUAUAUGGUUAAAACGUAUAUUGCAUUGGCUUGAGUCCAUUUUCAGCUGCCAUAGAACUGCUCAUUUGACAAAACAAUUACAGUAGUAGAAUUUUGGAAACACUUUGACACUUUUUGAACAGGGUGGACUUAAUUGAUUUGUGCAGUGUUGUCUGCAUUAGCUGCUCUAGUUGCUGGAAUACAAACUAGAAACCCAUUUCCUGUUUGUUGCUUUCAGAUUAUCUGAAUUCAGCAAAGAGAGUGUAUGUGUGUGGUAUGAAUGUAUGUGCGUGAAACACAAAACAGUCAUGGAACCAACUGUUCUAGGUACAUGUCAUGUUUUACUGCAUACUUUAAGUCAUGUUGUGUGUAUGUGAAGUGUCCUGACUUUUAAGAUUUUGGUUGAUACCAAUAUAUUUUUAUAAAUUUGAAAUUCAGCGUGCCCCAUCUUUUAAGUGUUUCAUUGUUAGGAUAAAUGUACUAGAUUUAAUUCUUAACACUUCUCAGCACAGAUGGAAAAAGUUAUCGGCUCCUUGAAAACGUAUGAGGAAGAAGCAGAUCCUCAAAGCAUGUAUGUACUUACAAACCAAGCUGUAGAGAUCAAGAAAAGAACUUUUAUUGUUCUCAAAUUUCUAAAUUGUCAAGAUUUAUAUGGAGUUGUGGUGGAACUAGUUAACACUUAGAGCUUUUGGUAUGUAAUGACUAUUUGCUAUGGACUGAUAUUAAAUGUUUCAAAGGA